AUGAUUUCUCCACCUAACCCUAUUGAAAUCAAUGCUGAUUUCCAACAUGAGUCUGAGAUGCUUCAAUACAUGCUAGAAGACCAGGAACACACCUCGAUGGUAUCACCACCACCACCACCAAUGGGGUUACCUGAACUGUCUCGGAUGCCUCAGGUGACCCUUGAUCUCUUGCCUAUCCUAGAUCCUGUCACUGAGUCUCCACCUAAUCUGAUAGAUGUUGCGGGACAAGCUAGGGCUGGACAGAAGCGAGAGCCCCCACCAAUUGGGUCACUGACACUUGGCCUAGGGCUUCCUCUUGAUCUUGAAAUUGAAGCCACCACCCUCUCACUUAGCCAACCUGGUUUUAAGGAGUUAGUCAAAAAGUCAAAGUUGGAUUUGAAUUUGAAGAUAUAA